AUGAUUGAUCCUCAAUUGAUGGAAAAGUGGAAAACAGAGCUUUUCUAAGAUCAAGCACUCAACAAACUCUUUGAUUAACACUUAACAUUGGAGGAGUUUGUCCUAUUAAUCCUCAAGAAUUGUAUUAUCUUAAUUCCAUUAAAAUAGAUAACAUGGUUUAAUUGGGAGACAUAUUUUAGAAGUUGACUUCGAUUAAUCAAUCUAUUUCUAUGUAGUUGGAUCACUACAUUAAAAACAAUUACGAAUUGUUAAUAGAAGAUCUUAAGGAUGUAAUAUAGACAAAUAUUGCUAGAAAUCUUAACAAUGUGACAAUGAUGUCAUUAUUGAAGCUUUGUAGAAGAUUAAAUUUAUACAGUAAAGACUCCAAGACAAUUAUGUUACUAAAUACAAUAAAAUUAUAAAACUAUUGCCAAUCAAGUAAAAUAGCGAAUUAGCUUUGCAAAUGUGUAAACAACUACAAAAGUUUAGUGUGCAAUUAAAAUUGCUGAGAUCCUUAGCUCAAUAAUAAAAUAAUAGUAUCAACAUAACAGAUGCUCAGAGAGUGGCUAAUGCUUUAUUUGAAAUAGAUAGAUUGCCUAUUAAACAAUUUCAAUUUUACAAGAACAACCAGACUUACAUUAAAUAGGUUGAAGAAACCUUAUAGAUUAAAGUAACUAGAAAGUUUGAGGAUUCACUCUCAGCAAAGAGUGUGCCAGAUUUAACACAAUGUUUGGGAAUAUUUUAUAGUCUUGGUAGAUUAUCUGAAAUACUUGAACUCAAAUGUAAUUAAGUAUUAAAAUAAAUAAGUGAACAAUAUAAGAUAUUAUUCUCAAAUUCUAAAUCCUUUUUACCUGACUAUAGAAAUCAAAUAAAAAAUGAAUUAAAUUAGAUGAUUCUAAUUUGGUUAAUCUAUCAAGCUAUGAAUUAAAGUAAUAUAAUAUCUCUAUUUCAGCUGAUCAAUAUCACUUAAUCACAUACUAAGAGGAACUCAAAGAUUAAUUCCCACACUUAUUUUUGAUGGUAUGGAAAAAAUAUACAGAUGUCAUCCAACAGUCAAUCCAAAUUAUUAUCGAUAACAAGUAGAAGUAUGAGUCUACUUACAACAAUUUGGUCCAUUUUUAUCCCAUCAUCAAAGAUAUCUACUAUGACUAAUUAAUUAUGUUUAGUGAACAAAUAGUAAGCAUUCAUAUCAAUCUAUUUAGCUUAUCUUUCCCUCAUCAAUACUAUUAAGUCUUAAUUAAAAUGAAAUCUAGGGACAAUUGAUGUCUUCCUUGAAUGUUUUGAGACCUUUGCAUCAAAUGCAAUUCAUACUGUUGUUGAAGGAACAAAUCACAAAUCUUGCUAAUGAUGUAUAUGUUUAGGAGAAAGGACAGCCCUAUGUUGAGAAAGUAAACUUAUCAUUUUAUAUUCAGGCUUUGAAUGCUUUGACUUCAUUCAUUGACUUUGUUAAAUUAGAAUUUGAGUAGAUUAAAUAUGAUGGACAAUCAUUUAAAUUUAUGACUUAAAAGUUACUUCAUGAAUACAAUUCUUUGAUUGAAUCUUUCCAAGGAAUGACUUAUACCAAUGAAUGUUUAGCUGUCUUAUCUGUUUCAAUGCCCUACUUCUGGAAAUAACUUUUAGAUCAUCCCUUAAAUCAUGAACUUGAAAUGUCAGAAUUAUUGGUUAAAAAAGAAGGACUUAAGUAAAUAGAUUCAAAUUUAUAAAUCUUAUUUGAUUAAUAUUUACAAAGACGCAAAAUUACAUAAGAUUUGAUUAAUGCCUUAUUAAAAAAUUGA